GUUCCGGCUGUUCCUGGGCACGCACUUAUCUCGCGCACCGGCGCGGGGCACGUGUAUUGGCUGGACUGAGGUUGUGGAAGCGAUGGACGCCUUGGACAGAGUUGUAAAGCCCAAAACGAAAAGGGCCAAAAGAUUCCUUGAGAAGAGAGAACCGAAACUUAGUGAAAAUAUUAAAAAUGCCAUGCUGAUUAAAGGGGGAAAUGCAAAUGCAACAGUGACCCAAGUCCUGAAAGACGUGUAUGCACUGAAAAAACCAUAUGGAGUUCUCUAUAAAAAGAAAAAUAUUACAAGACCAUUUGAGGAUCAGACAUCAUUGGAAUUCUUUUCAAAGAAGUCAGAUUGUUCUUUAUUCAUGUUUGGAUCCCAUAAUAAGAAGCGUCCCAAUAACCUAGUUAUAGGUCGUAUGUAUGACUACCACGUGCUGGAUAUGAUUGAAUUAGGUAUUGAGAAAUUUGUGUCUCUAAAAGAUAUUAAGAACAGUAAAUGUCCUGAGGGAACAAAACCCCUGUUAAUAUUCGCUGGCGAUGAUUUUGACAUGACAGAGGACUACAGAAGACUAAAGAGUCUUCUCAUCGAUUUCUUCAGAGGCCCCACAGUGGCGAAUAUCCGCCUGGCUGGGCUGGAGUAUGUUCUGCACUUCACUGCUCUGAACGGGAAGGUUUACUUUCGCAGCUAUAAGUUGCUCUUGAAGAAAUCCGGCUGCAGAACACCACGGAUUGAGUUGGAAGAGAUGGGGCCGUCGCUGGAUCUGGUUCUGAGGAGGACACACCUGGCUUCAGAUGACCUUUAUAAGCUAUCCAUGAAAAUGCCAAAAGCUCUCAAGCCAAAGAAGAAGAAAAAUAUGUCCCAGGAUACUUUUGGUACAACUUAUGGAAGGAUUCAUAUGCAGAAACAAGACCUAAGCAAACUACAAACCAGGAAAAUGAAGGGAUUAAAGAAGCGACCUGCAGAAAGGCUAACAGAAGACCAGGAGAAAAAGUCAAAGAGAAUUAAAAACAAUUAAUAGAAUUUAACCAGCGACUACAGUUUUAUUGUAAUCUAUUUACUACAGGAAUCAAGCUUCAAUGCACUUCAGUUUCUUAAAAGACUUUAUUGUAAAUUUUUAUAACAGUAACUUGCUAUCCGUUGUUGUGAAUAGUAAUGUACCAGUGUUAGCUUAAGCUUGUUACGGGCUCUGUCGGGUCCUGGAGUGCCAUUUUCUCAUCCUCCUCGUGUAACAUCCCCGCCCUCCCCGGACUCCUGCCUUGCUAGGCCUGCGGGGAGGAGGACCUCCACUACCACUGGGGUUGAGUUUUGGAGCAGUUAGUGAUUAGACAAAGGGGGAAAGCCACGCAGAGCAGAAGUGACUCAAGGGAGCCACGCAAACCUCUGAGCCACCUGGAAAGCUAGCCCUCACGUCCAGGUGCAUCUGCGUCCAGCUUUUGUUUUUUGCUUCUCGAUUAUUUUGCCUGAAGUCCUACCAGUUAAGAGAGUUGACACUUUCAGCUUUGUGUGUUAAAUUGUAGAUCUCAGGGAUGUGCAGUCCUGGUCAGGACGCACUGCCAUAGUAUUAUUUAGAGAGACUCUGGCCUGGGGACGAGCUCAGUGUGGAGCACUCGCGCAGUAUGUGCCGGGCCCUGGGUUCCGUCCCCACACCACCUGGAAGAAAGAUUCUGCUCUAGGUGCAUCCCCAUGGCCCUUCACCGAGAGAAAGGAAUCCUUGAUGCGGUAGAAAUGAGAAAGAACAGGAAAGUGUUAAGGCGCAGAGCACUUUAAGGAACUGGCUGGCCCUCAGCCAGCUCCUCACCCUGUGUGGGAGGACCAUCCCUCUGCCUGGGGAAAUGGCAGCCACGUUCGACUCUCUCCUGCUGGUGUCAGUUUUUGCAGGUGGUAAGUUUAGGUUCCUUGUCUGAGGUGUUUGAAGGGAGCUCCUUUAUUCAGUGAAGCUGGUUAUGUUGGAAAGAAGCGUAGCGAUGUAAUCCAUACUUUUAUGUGGUGUGGAGACACAGUUCCGUUUCCUUGUCCUACCUUUGUGCCUGUGCAAGCAGGCACUUCGAGCUUGCCCAGCUGCUGGACGUCAGAUAAUACAUAUAUUAUCUCUGGUCAUGGUCUCUGCUGAGAUACGCAGCAAAGGCUGGAGCCUCAGUUUACCUUCUGUGUCCUCUCCCUUCUGUCGUGAACACAUUCCCUUGCCGUACUUCUCCCUGUUCUUUUCAAGGUGGGGGCUAGAGUCCCCAGGAAAACAAGGGUACUGAUGUCCCUCGUGCAUACUUUUAUAAAUGACUAUGCAUUUUGUUGAAGAAUUUAACAGCCUUCUUUCUGAAGCGGUUUUCAUUUUAUGUCUGUGUGAAGGAAAAACUAAAAUAUUUUGCUUU